AUGGCUAGGUAUUAUUGUGAAUAUUGUCAUUCGUACUUAACACAUGACACGUUAAGCGUACGUAAGUCACAUUUAGUAGGAAAGAAUCAUUUACGUAUUGCAGCAGACUAUUAUCGUAAUCAGGCUCAUCAAAUUGAAAGACAUAAAGAAUCGAUAACAAAGAGUCAUAAACGUAAGAAACAAGGCAAUCCAAAGGAGAAAGAUGAUAGUAGGACAAAGAUACAUUGUUCAACAACGAAAGAAAAACGCAAUCAAAGGAAAAUACUCGCAGCUCACAUAAAAGAAUUGAAAGAUAGUAAUAAUACAUUUACAAAAUAUUUAAAUACAAUAUAUUAUGGAUCUCCCGGGUAUAGUAAGGUAUGGAUUGAUAGUAAUAGAUUUGAUGUUGGGGAACUUGUUAAGGCUACAGGUUUACCGAGACGUGCAAAUGUAGAACAACAAACUUAUAAGGAUAAUGAACCUACAUUACCAAGAGAUCAUCUUUAUAAUCGUAACGAAACAAGACCUGGGGCAGACCAAACAGCGGCAUCAUCAUCAUCAUCAUCAACAUUCGCACUGGCACCACCAAUGAUAUUAUCUCAAUGGAGUAAUACUUUGCCGAAACAAACUAUAUAUAACGAUGGUGGGAAUAUUAUGCAGACAACAUUGCAAACUGGGAAGAGACGUUUACAAGAACAUUCAAAUUCAGACUUCCAUCGUAAGAGACCUAGAAUCUAG